GAGAAAAACCCUGUGCGGACAGAUGGAUGAAGUGGAUGGGUGAUGUGAUGUCAAGAUGGGAUGGACGGGCGCAAGAGACCAGACGAGCAGCUUAGUCAGGGGGAGCUUACUGGUCGAGUCGCCGCAGUACACUCUCGAUAGAAGCUGCGAGAACAAAAAGAAAAUAUUGUGAAAUCAAAUUCAAGACGAAGAGCAGAGUUGUAUUCAAUCCAGAAUUACUUUCCAGGCCUCAAUUUCGGUGUGGCAGUUGAUGAACAGGCGGAUUCUGAACAUUCUGCCUCAGGCAACACUGCAGCUCGGAGUAAACAACGGCGCAAGAAGGAAACACUCACUCUAAGCAACUAUUCACAGUUUAGAGCUCCAAAUACCGCAACUAUGACCCUUCUCAGCUCCCACCUGGAGCAGAUCACACUCUCCUCCAAUGCUAUUGCCGAUUUGCCGUUCCCUCCCCCGCGGAUUUUCACCACUGCGCUGCUAGGAUCUCACGAUAUCACAGCCCUGAUCCGAGACACAGAAGCCCAUGAGCGGGCUCUCUUCCAAGUUGAUCCCUCCUCCAAGGCCCAUGGACACAAACGCGCCGCACGACGCGGGACUAUGUUCCCCGCCGAGCCUGAAAACGAGUCAAUGGCCAGCCGAAUCUAUUCAGCACGGAAUAACCGCAACCAGUCUGCGGUGGCAAAAGUCCUUGGACAUGAUAUGAUGGAAGAGAUCAAGCGAUCUGCGGGCACCUCAACCCGAGGACCCCGCGGGGAGGUCAACAUUGAAGUUCUUCUUCGAGGCGCUGAGAUCCUGUGCAAUGUUUACCCCGUUGCUGGAGCACAGGAAAAAAUCUCCAGCCUCCGCUAUCGUCAUGAGAUCGUUACCGAGUCUAUAGCUCGACUGGAAGACCGGGUCGCGACCAACACAGCGGAGCUGGAUCAGAUGAGACACUCCUAUGAAGGUGAUCAGGAUGACUUUGCUCCUGUGUCCGUUGCACAGCCGGAGGUUCCAGAUGUCACCGAUGAGGAUAUCGAGCGAGAGAUGGCUGAAAUCAGUGACUUGGAACGGAGAAAGCGAACACUGGAACAACGAGUUGCAGGCAUGGAGCGAGACCUAGGAGGUCUGAUUGGCUGAGCUUUUCACGAGCUCUAGGGUUUCAUUCUCUCAGUAAAGGACCUACUAUCAACCGGCUGGGGCUGCGUUCCUGUCCCCCCAAACACCAGACAUGCAUGGGCCAUAGAUGCGCAAUUUGACUGGCUGCCAUGUUUCUUAGUCAAGGAAAGCCAGGCCCCUGCCUUGUCCCUCAUGUUCCACGGCGGCUUUAUGUGUCUGGCUAUCGUCAAUUGUUGUUGGUGACCAUGGGGAUUCAAAUGAAGUUUAUCCCGGGUCACCACCAAUUACUCGAUGUCUUAGUCCGCGGCAUAUGCUGCACAUUUUAUCUGGCCAAAGAAAGCUCUUAAAUCAUGUUUGAUCAUCACUAACGAUGCUCUAUCCGUCUGGGUCGAGGACAACGAUUCUAGGUCGCUACUACACAACCUCUGACAAUCAUGUCCGUGUUAUGCCAACUUCCAGUGACAAGAUACAUAUGGCUUGCUCAUUUCAUGUAUUACGAUGGUUAUGAUUAUCAAUAUCAAUGAUUCUUAGUUUUACGAAGGUUUUCAUGCAGCAUGGGUCAGACAUGUUUAUACGGUGCCAUUGAUAGAG